AUGCUCAAGCGUACGCAUAUGUGUCCAGGUUUCUCCUUAACAAGCAAAGAACGUGAACAAUAUUUGCAGAACCUACUCGUUCUCCUUUAUAUAAUCAAGGGCCAUCUUAAAUGUCAGGGAGAAAGCGUUAUCCUCGUGGGCCCUAUGACAACCGGCAUGGGCAUCUCCGAGGAGUGCCUCCAUCACGGGGCCCUAUGCCACCAAGAGUUGGGUGAUGCCAAAGAGGAACUCAGGCGAAUGAAUAUUGCAAUUUCUGAUAUUCAAGAAGACAAUGAAAUACACUCAAGGCAGCUUAUUGAAAAAAACUUGAAACUAGAAGCUGAUUUACUUGCCACUGAACCUAUAAAAAACGAGGCUUCACAACUCCAUGUGGAAAUUGAGAGGCUAAAUUCAUUAAUACAUGAUUUAUCUAGGCAAGUUCAGAUUCUCAAGAAAGACCUUGCAAAAUUUCAAGCUGAUAACAAGCAUCUUCCGGGUUUAAGAGCAGAGCAUGAGGGACUUCACAAUGAGCUUAUGCAUUUUAGAGCUGCAAUUGAUUAUGAGAAGAAAGGAGGUAUAGAGAUGAUGGAACAGAGACAAGCUAUGGAGAAGAAUUUGGUUUCCAUGGCACGUGAAGUUGAAAAGCUUCGUGCAGAACUUUCAAAUACUGAUGUUGGAUCAUGGGGUGCUGGUGGGUCAUAUGGGAUGAAAUUUGGCAGUUCAGAUGGUCAUUUUCCUCCUCCUUAUGGGGAUGGAUAUGGGGUUCACCUGGGUGCUGGGGACAAGGGUCCGUUGUAUGGCUCAAGUUCUGCUUCAAGGGCUGGGCUCGAGAAAUCUUGCAUGACACGUCAUUGAAAAGAGGAUGGUUUGUGUUCCCGUUUGAAGAAAGACAUAUUUUCUUCUACAUUAUGGGUCCUCCUAGGUUUGCAUUUAAAUAAGUAUUCCUUUGAUUUGAACUCAUUGGCUAUAUUAUGGUCUAUGGAGACAACGAUCCUCAUGUUACACAAUUUAGACGUAGUGUUAAAUCACCACAAUUUGGAUUUUUAACCAUUAAUUGUAAUGUUUACAGCAUACUGUUUCGUUUUUCUUGCUUCUUUAUUUAUUAAGACCACAUACUCAUUAACUUAUAUAUGACCGCAUCCUUAAAGCAACAGAAUGCUUCAUCACUUCAGAUUGGCAUAUAGAAAGACAAUUGGAGGAUUGUAUGGACCCCAAACCUGUAGGUCUAUUACUAUCAAGCUCUUAAAAUUACAUGCUCUGAAGAAAUAGUUUAUGCUAAGUUGGGAGUAUAGUAUUACAGAGAGUAAAACUUAAAUGUCUAGUUCUUGAUGAAAUGAUUGUAGCAGCUUGCUGUAUGACUUCAUAUUUGCAUCUCAAACACUUUGUGUCCUCUAUACAUACAAUGUUCUCUCAAAAUCUGUUGAGAGUAGUGGUAUAGACUUUAGAGGGAAGAUGGAACUCAGCUACAUAGAAGGUCAGAAGCAUUUGCCACACAAGUGCUUGAGGACUUGGAGCUCUUAGAGAUUAUCACUGAUGUUGUAUAUUUCUAAAUUCAGACAUUGGAUGCAGUUACAUCAAGAUCAAGUCAUAGAAAGCUAUUGAGCUUUUUUUUAAAGAGAUUUAUAGUAUGGGAGACGUAUCUGAGAUUUUGUUAGCCAACAGUAUUAUAUCACUAGGUUCUUGAGCUUUGUUGGUUUAUCCUACAAAUUGUUCAUGUUUUUGUAUCAGUGCACUGUCCACCAUUCUUAAUGGAGAAAUUGAUAACUAGUUUAUAAGGAAAGAUUUUGGAAAAGUGAAGAGGAAAAUCAGGGAGGUGUCCUUAACAUUGUGAAGAUUGUUUAUAAAGACUGAAGAGUUCGAUUUCUCCUGGUGAUUUGCUGCAGCACUUUGGGCAAACAUUAUGCAGUCUCGUGUAUCUUGUUUUGGUGCGACUUUUGCUGUUUCAUUUCUUCAUCUAAUAAUGUUGUGAUAUAGCCACAAAGACCAGAUGUUCAUUUUGCAUUGUCGGCUAGCUUGAAGGAAGGUUGACAUGGCGUGUGAUGUGGAGCUGGGUUCACAAUGUACUUUAUGGUAGGCAAAUUUUCUGACUCUGGGAAAAAUUGGUUUCUAUCAUNNNNGAUAUGAUUGUAUUUUGAAGCACCGAAACAGAUUCAGAUUGGCAUGAUGCAAUCAUGUGUUAGAACAUCCAUCCAAGUAAUCCAGCGAUUUUGUCUGCUCCAAUCCUGCAUCAACAUUCAACAAUUUGAAUGUCUUCACGUGCAUUUGGCAAAUUGACGGAUUUGAUUCUUCUUCAAAUAUAUAUUAAAAAACUUGCUCUAAAACUAAAAGUAUUUGAAGGUUGUCUCAAGUUUUCACAUUAAAGAGAAUCUAUUAACACAUGAAGUGAAGGGCGUUUUCGUCUACGUCGUAAAUAUUGGAGAAUCAUCUUAGGAUUGAAAGACCACCCGGCGAUAUAAAUCAAAUAUUUUGCAUUUUCAAUGGCUACAAAAACAUCCUCCCAGAGUUUUCUUGGGGACCCACAUGGUGGUUUGAAAGUAGGAUGAUGAUGAGAGUCUUGAUACAGGGUAACACCACAUCUACCCCUCAGUGGAAAUGUUGCAUCUUUUACCCCAUGAAAUACAUUUUUAUCGAUUAUUUUUCGCCAAUUUGGUUCAAGAUAUGCGGGUUUGAACCAUAACAUGAGUCUAAGAUCUAAUUCCGGAUUUGGCUUCCCGUUUUCCAUGCAAACUGGAAACAAACCAUCGAUUAGGCUUGACUCUUGUAACAAUCGAUCGGCUUGAAUGUUGACUUUUCCAAGAAUUGAGCAUUUUGUCUUGAGGGUGAUUGUGAUUAUUGCGUUUAUUGAAUGAGCACAAAGAACACGUAUUGUUUGGUUCCAAAUUCGGCUACUCUCGUGACGUGUUGAUGCUAUUUUUUGAUGAUUUAUCUUGAUGGUAACGUAUGUCGGUUUUCCAGCUGGAUUUAUGCACUGUAAAAAAACACAGUUAAAAAAAAACGUAAUGAUGAUAAAAAGGAUAAUAAUGUAUUCGUACAUUAAGUAGAAAUGGUGGUGAAUAAGGUGUAGCGUGGAAGAUGGUGGCUUCGAGUGUCCCAUGAAGGAAUUUUGGUUUUCCCUCCAUUGAGUUGUUGCUGAAUUGGUUUAUAAUGGAACUGAUCUUUAUAGAAAAUUGGUAAAGUGGAUAUGUUAUUGUUAUAAAAAUAAAAGAUAUGAAAGAAAUUUUCAAAGCAAUGAUGAAUUUUGAGUGGAUGUACAGUUUUGGAAAACUUGUGGAAGUCUGUAGUUUAAAUCUUAGAGGCAACCUUCAUGCCUAAUAGCGUAGCUUUCCCUUCAAGUUCAGGUUCUUAGAGCGUUUACUUAUUAGUUAUAAUCACACCACUAGGACACGACACAAGUGUAAACAAAU